AUGACCUCCCGUAUCAACAUUCGUCCAGCUUCAACAAGCUAUCACAGUCCAGACCCUCAUGGAUUCGCAAACACACGCCCUUCUACAGGUUACAGAGCAGCUAACCCAGACCAUCCUCUUGAGAGGAUUCGAGCAGUUGCUAAACAGGUCGAAGACACAAUUGAGAUAUAUUCUCAGCCUUUGAGACCUCAUCUACCUACCAUCGGCCGGUUCUUGAUCAUAGUCACGUUCUUUGAGGAUGCUUUGAGGAUUAUGACACAGUGGAAUGACCAGCUUUGGUACCUCCAAACACAUAGACAUUUCUACAAGGGAAUCUCCCACCUUUUCCUACUGCUCAACGUCAUCACAAUGCUUGUCGCUUCCUCAGCCGUCCUCAUGAAAAGGUACACAGAAUACGCAGUCAUCGGUCUCCUCAGCGUAGUCAUUAUUCAAGGCUUCGGAUAUGGCCUUAUGUUUGACCUCACCUUCUUCCUUCGCAACUUGAGCGUCAUAGGCGGUCUCAUCAUGGUGUUUAGCGAAACCAUGGUCAACGAAAAGAAAAGCUUUGCCGGUAUCCCGUCUAUGAGUGAAACAGACCGCAAGAAAUACUUUCUCCUGGCGGGCCGCGUCCUCCUCAUCUUCCUCUUCCUCGGCUUCAUUUUUCAAGGAGAAUGGGGCAUAGGCCGUGUAUUCAUGUCCGUCUUCGGUCUCGCAGCAUGCACGAUGGUAGCUAUCGGCUUCAAAGCAAAAUGGUCCGCGAUCUUCCUCGUCAUCUUACUCAGUGUCUUCAACGUCUUCGCGAAUAACUGGUGGAGCGUGCAUAGUGCUCACCCUCAACGUGAUUUUCUCAAGUACGAUUUCUUCCAGACGCUCUCUAUCGUCGGAGGCCUCAUCCUUCUCGUGAACAUGGGACCCGGUGGUCUCUCGGUAGACGAGAAGAAAAAGACAUACUAG